AUGCGGUCAACGAAACCAUUCACCGUCACUUGAAAGAAAAUGCAAAGUUCCUUCUACCGGCACAGAGAAGACCCUUUGGAAAAUGCCACCGAAAUCGUCCCGUUGCAGCAGCUGUUCUUGAACCAGACCUACGACUGGGGCCCCAAGCGUGACCCCCUCUAUGUGGUGAUACCGAUCAGUGUAAUCUACAUAGCCAUUUUUUUGACUGGAAUCCUCGGGAACGUCAGCACCUGCAUCGUGAUCGCUAAGAAUAAAUGCAUGCACACGGCGACCAACUACUAUCUAUUCAGUUUGGCGAUCAGUGAUUUGUUACUUUUGGUUUCUGGGCUACCACAGGAGGUGUAUUUUAUCUGGUCAAAGUAUCCGUAUAUCUUCGGAGAGAUAUUUUGUGUUUUGCAGGGCUUUACUGCAGAAACAUCGGCCAACGCUACAGUGCUCACAAUCACUGCUUUCACAGUGGAACGAUACGUGGCUAUCUGUCAUCCUUUUCUGUCGCACACUCUCUCGAAGCUAAACAGAGCCAUCAAGUAUAUCAUCUUCAUCUGGGCAGUGGCUAUGUGUCUGGCUGUGCCUCAAGCUAUGGCGUUGGGGAUUGUCUGCGAGAAAUUUAACGGUAAGUUAAGAUGUUAUGUUCGUGAAGAUUACUGCGUCUGCAACGUCAAACGUCAAGUGAUCCCACACGCAUUCGAAAUAUCCUUCUUCCUAUUCUUCGUAGCCCCAAUGUCCCUAAUUACAAUACUCUACAUCUUCAUCGGUUUGCAGCUUCGGAAAUCCACCGUGGGACCUUCCAGAGGAAACAGCGUCAAGAUGAGGCAUCGGGUCUACAAACCUGUAGUAACCUAUAUGCAUCCUUCCACUCAGGUCAUAGUAAUGAACCGAGGAGGAACAGUUGGUGAAGUUGUUGAACAAGGAGAGGAAGAGGGUAGGAAGAACUUCGCGAGAAGUGCACAAGCCACGAAGCAUGUCGUCAAGAUGUUGGGAAUAAGGACAGCUGUGUUGCUCUAG